CUCAUGAUCCACUGACUCAUUCCUACAGUUGAUGUGUGAGGUAUGUGAACAGGGCUCCAAAGGCCUGUAAGGUCCCAAACAUGUAGGAUUUAUCGGCUGACACAAAGACAGCUACAUGGAAGUGAAACCCUUCAAGUGUGAGGUGUGCAGCAAGGUAUUUGCGAUAUCAACAACUCUCCUGAGACACCAGAUGAUUCACACGGGGGAGAAACCCUUCAAAUGUGAGGUUUGUGAGAAGGCUUUCACUCACUCCUCCCAUCUCGUGAGGCACCAGAGAAUUCACACAGGGCAGAAGCCAUUCACAUGUGACGUGUGUGAAAAGUCAUUCUCAAUCUUAUCCAACCUCCGGGUACACCAACGCAUUCACACCGGGGAGAAACCAUUCGCAUGUGAAGUGUGUAACAAAUCAUUCUCAUACUUAUCAAGCCUUAUAAGACACAAACGCAUUCACACAGGGGAGAAACCAUUCCCGUGUCAAGAGUGUGACAAAUCAUUCUCAUACUUAUCGCACCUCCGGAGACACCAAUGCAUUCACACGGGAGACAAAUCAUUCACCUGCGAGAUGUGUAACAAAUCGUUCUCACAGUCAGAUGGCCUUCUCAAACACCAACGCAUUCACACAGGGGAGAAACCAUUCACAUGUGAGGUGUGUGACAAAUCAUUCUUGCAGCCAGCACAUCUCCGUGGACACCAACGUAUUCACACAGGGCAAAAACCAUUUAUGUGCGAGGUGUGUGAAAAAUCAUUUUCAUAUGCAUCAACCCUGCGCCAACACCAACGUAUUCACACAGGGGAGAAACCAUUUACAUGCAAGGUGUGUGACAAAUCAUUCUUGACAUCAUCAAACCUCCGCAUUCACCAACGCUUUCAUACAAGGGAGAAACCAUUCAGGUGUGAGGUGUGCAACAAAUCAUUCUCGUGGUCAUCAAACCUCCUGGUCCAUCAGAGGAUUCACACAGGCGAAAAACCAUUCAAAUGUGAGCUGUGCAAUAAAUCAUUCUUGUCAUCAUCAGAUCUUCAUAUGCACCAACGUAUUCAUACAGGAGAGAAACCAUUUAAUUGUGAGGUGUGUGACAAAUCAUUCUCAAGAUCAUCAAGCCUCCUGCUCCAUCAGAAAAUUCACACUGAGGAGAAAUCCUUCAAGUGCAAGGUUUGUGACAAAGCAUUCUGCAACUCAUCGAAACUCUUGCGUCAUCAGAGGAUUCACACAGGAGAGAAACCAUUCACAUGUGAGGUGUGUGAUAAGUCAUUCUCAGUGUCCUCACACCUCCGUGUGCAUCAACGCAUCCACACUGGGGAGAAACCUUUUAGAUGCAAGGUGUGUGACAGAUUAUUCUCACGGUCAGAGAAUCUCCGAACACAUGAACGUGUCCACACAGGGGAGAAACCAUUCACAUGUGAUGUGUGUGACAAAUCAUUCUCACAAUCAGGACAGCUCCGCACACACCAACGGAUCCACACAGGAGAGAAGCCAUUCACAUGCAAAGAGUGUGACAAAUCAUUUUCAGAUUCAUCGUCGCUCCGUAGACAUGAGCGCAUUCACACAGGGGAGAAACCAUUCACUUGUGAAGUGUGCAGUAAAUCCUUCUCAUCAUCAUCGACCCUCCACACACACCAAAGUAUUCACACUGGUGAGAAACCGUUCAUGUGUGUCAAAUGUUUCAAAUCAUUCUCAGAUUUGUCAUACCUCCGCAGACACAAGCGCAUUCACACAGGAGAGAAACCAUUCACUUGUGAGGUAUGCAAUGAAUCAUUUUCAGCAUCAUCGACCUCCCGCACACAUCACCAUAUUCAAACAGGAGAGAAACCAUUCACUUGUGAGGUAUGUGACAAAUCGUUUUCUCAGUCAGGGAUUCUUCAGGUACACCAACGCCUCCACACAGGGGAGAAACCAUUUAUGUGCGGGGUGUGUGAUAAAUCAUUCUCGCAGUCAGAAAGCCUUCGCAGACACCAAUGUAUCCACACAGGUGAGAAUCCAUAUACAUGCGAGGUGUGCACGAAAUCAUUCUCGAGGUCCUGGAACCUCCUGCUCCAUCAGAGGAUCCACACAGGGGAGUAACCCAUUCAACCUGAGGUUUGUGAUGAAGCUUUUGUGAUAUCUUUGACCAUGGGGGACCCCACAUGAUUUUCACAGGAACAAAUAUUUGUGAUGUUUGUUCAAUAGACUUGACAAUACUUUCACCCAGUCAGUCUAUCUCCUGGUCCAUCAACACAUCCAUGCAGUGAGGAUAAGCAGUUGUGUUUGUAUCCAGUGCAUUAACACAAACUGAACAACGCUAUACAUAGAUUGAGGGCCUGGAUAUUGUCUUUGCUUGUAACUUUUCAACCAGUACCUGUUUGGGAGAGAGAAUGUGAUGGUGAAGUCUGAUCACAAGCCAAUUCAAGUACCUUUCCCAAACCAUUUCUGUCUGUUCCAAAUGUUUGUAAAGGAUGUUAGUUAAUUUGGAGAUAUAUCACUUUGAAGAGAAGUACAAGCAAGGGAAGCAGACGUACAUCAGUGAUAUGCUGUCAGGAGCUGCACUCUCUUUGAAGAAAGUUGAUGCUGAUACACAGUGUGAAAUAUUCCAGAUUCAACAAGAAGCAACAGCACAACAUGCUCUGGAAAUCAUCAACCCAGCAGAAGUGUUGGAAAAGAUCUUCUAGUCUCCAUAUCAUCAGAAAUGGGUUAUAAACCCAAAUUGUGCACUGGAACCUUCAAACAUUCUAACGUACUGACCCCAUGGGAAUUGCUUGGGAUGUUUCAAAUUCCAACAGGCAAUAUCCUCUCAGGGAUCCUCUUUAAAAAAUUUCAAAGGAAUUUGUGUCAGAGAGUUUUAACAGUUCCAAUGUACUUACCUGAACAGUUGUCUGAAAUUAUCAGCUGCAACCCUAAAAACUACUUCCCAACUUGCUGACUGUACCCCUGACUGAUCCUAUCACUCUGACUCUUCCCCAGCCAACCCCGCUACACUAUUCCUGCUCUGAUAUCCCCACCAUUCUCUGUGUGGAUUCCUGCACUGAUUGUCUUCACGCUCUCUUCAAAUGUGACAGGCAAUUGUGAUAAAAAGAUGUCCUGAAACCAUCAGCCAAGCAUUCGAGAGGGCUGUUCAUGACUCAUGACACUCCAUGGAUGAAGCUGGGAGUAGACCUCUGCACUCUUACUGGAACGUUAUGGUAGAUGACAAUGAAGGGUAAAAUAAAGUAAAUUUUUUUUAAAAAGCAAUAGCAUUAAAAGGGAUAGCAAGGAUAUAAAGGGUUAACUCAGAAUAGCUACAGUAUGGAAAAUUCCUGAUAGACUGCAUACACACAUAAUUACAGAUGUCCAAGGACACAAAAUAAAGAAUGACCUCUCCCCCGUUUGAGAAACUGCUGAGACCUGUCUACAACUGAGAAAUGAGUUUACCGGUAGUGAAGAGAAUGGAGAUGAUGAGGCUGUGACCCUGAGGUCAGGGACGUCAGGAUCAGGCCCAUGGAACUCCCAUAGUUAAUGUGUGGCCUGCACAUAGUUUCGAGAGAGAACUCAAAAACCAGUUAACAAACCUUCAGUGGAACUCCAGGACAUAUGAUUUGGGUAACUCUCAGGUCAAAUUCCUUAAGUUAGAGGCCAGGCUUGCACCAAUCAGGACAUUACAUGCCAGUUAGCAAUCGCUAAUUUGAAAUUUAGGCAUUUAACCUGCAAUGUAAUACUAUGAGGAAAAUAUUUUAAUUUUCUUCUGUUUUCACAAAGCAUUUUCUUAUCUUUGAAUAACUUUAACCUGCUUAAAUGUAGUAAACCUAUUAUUUUGUUUAAAGCCGUUUGAACUCUAAAAAGCCAGGUUUAAAUAUUAGAGUAACAGUUAGAACAUGCACUGAUGCUAGUAGUUGGUAAGUUGUCUGCACGGAAUAGGGCAUGUAACUGUAUUUUAUGUAUAAAAGCCACAACUAUUUGCAACUCAGAGCCUUUGAGCUGUUUCUCCAUGCAUGUGAUUAAACCACUUAUAUCUUGCA